AUGGAUUGGAAGUUUCUCCAGGGUCUUCUCAGUGGGGUCAACAAGUACUCCACUGCCUUCGGACGUAUCUGGCUAUCAGUGGUCUUCGUCUUCCGGGUGCUGGUCUUUGUGGUGGCCGCCGAGCGGGUCUGGAGCGACGACCAGGGACACUUCGACUGCAACACCCGCCAGCCGGGUUGCACCAACAUCUGCUACGAUUACUACUUCCCCGUCUCCCACAUUCGCCUCUGGGCUCUCCAGCUCAUCUUCGUCACCUGCCCUACCUUCAUGGUGGUGCUGCAUGUGGCGUACAGGCAAGAGAGAGAACGCAAGUACCAAGUCAAGCAUGGCGGCGAGGGAACUCACCUGUACGAUAACCCAGGCCAAAAGCAUGGCGGCCUGUGGUGGACUUACCUCAUGAGCCUCUUCAUGAAGACCGCCUUUGAGAUCACUUUUCUGUACUUGCUCCACUACAUCUACGACAGCUUCAAGCUUCCCAGGAAGGUCCAGUGUGAUGUCAAACCCUGUCCUAAUUUGGUGGACUGCUACAUAUCCCGGCCCACCGAGAAGACCGUUUUCACCUACUUCAUGGUGGGGGCGUCCGUCGUGUGUGUGGUGCUCAACAUCUGUGAGAUUUUCUAUCUGAUUGCUUCCCGGAUGGUGAAUCUCAAACAUCGAGGCAGCAUCCACACCUUGUCUAGAAAGGUCCAUCCUGAGGCGGACUGUGAUGGCUGCAAGUCGUCUCCUAGAUCAUAG